ACUUCAACUAUCAUCUUCUCCUUACCUGUAACCAUGGAGAUUCAGAUCCCAUACUCUAUCAUCUUCACCUUCAUCUGCUUCCUCUUUCUGAUACGCAAACUCUCAAAUUCCAGAAAAUCCUCCAAACCCUUACCUCCAGGACCUCCCAAGUUGCCUCUUAUAGGAAACAUCCACCAACUUGUAGGAUCACUACCCCAUCGCCGUCUCAGAGACCUUGCAAAUAAGUAUGGACCCUUGAUGCAUCUUCAACUUGGAGAAACCUCCAACGUGGUAAUCACUUCCCCAGAAAUUGUUAAAGAGAUUACCAAAACACAUGAUCAAAUCUUCGCCAAUAGACCCAAAAUCCUUGUCAGUGAGGUCUUUGCUUACAAUAGCACGGACUUGGUGUUCGCUCCUUAUGGGAGUUAUUGGAGGCUUCUUCGAAAGAUUUGUACUCUGGAGCUUUUGUCUAUGAAGAGGGUUCAAUCUUUCAGAAAAAUAAGGGAAGAGGAAGUUUCAGAAGUUGUCAAGUUCAUUCAUCAACAAGAAGGUUCCACUGUGAAUCUCAGUAAGAUUAUCUCCCCAGUCACAAAUUCCAUUGUCGCUCGAGCUGCCUUCGGUAAGAAGACAAAGAACGUUGAGAAAAUCCUAUCAACAGUGGAGUACACAGUCCAAGUGGCCAGUGGUUUCUCGAUCUCUGAUCUCUAUCCUUCAUCCAAGUUCCUUUACGCAUUAAGUUUAACCCGAUACAAAGUUGCCAAAGCGCACAGAGACGUUGACAGGUUGCUGGGAAACAUCAUCGACGACCACAGAGGAAAGAAAGAGAUCGAUGUUGAUGGUGAGGCACAUGAAGAUUUGGUUGAUGUUCUUCUCAGAGUUCAAAAGCAGAAUAACGAUGAAGUCACCUUGACUCUCAACAACAUCAAAGCUGUUAUAUUGGAUGUUUUUGUUGGUGGGACUGAAACAUCAGCAACAACACUAGAGUGGGCAAUGUCAGAAUUGAUGAAUCACCCAGAAGCAAUGAAAAAGGCUCAAGAAGAAGUGAGAAAUGUUUAUGGAAGCAAAGGGUAUGUAGAUGAAUCAGAAAUUCAUCAGCUAAAAUAUGUACCAGCUGUGAUUAGAGAAACUCUGAGAUUGCACCCACCUGGGUCUUUACUAGUUCCAAGACAAAACAGUGAGACUUGUGAGAUAAAUGGCUAUGAGAUAUCUGGCAAAAGUAGGGUCUUGAUCAAUGCUUGGGCUAUCGGAAGAGACCCCAAUUACUGGAACGAAGCAGAGAAGUUUAAACCAGAAAGAUUUGUUGACAGUACAGUUGAUUACAAAGGUGGGAACUUGGAGUUCAUUCCAUUCGGUUUUGGAAGAAGGAUAUGUCCUGGAAUCUCGUUCGCUGCACCUGUUUUACAGCUUAUACUUUCAAAUUUGCUUUACCAUUUUGAUUGGAAGCUUCCUAGUGGAACAAAUGAAUUGGACAUGGCUGAGGAUUUUGGUGCCACAGUAAGAAGAAAGAAUGAUCUACUCGUUGUUCCAGUUCGCUAUUCUCCAAAUAAUUAGGAAGUUGAAGUUUUAAUUAUUGGAUGUCUCUAGUUAAUCUGAAGUUGUCACUACCACACAAACUUCCACGCUUGGAGAGAGAUACGUAGGUGUAUGAAAUAAGAUGACGAGCCUAGCUAGUUUUUUCCUGUAUCGAUC